AUGUGCUACAAAGUCGUUGAACGCUACUCUGUCUGCAAAUGCAUCUAUUUCCAACACUCAACUGACCCCUGCGCCGCUUAUGGUCAACGUGGUCACUCUGUCCAGGAAAAGACCGUGUUGGUGGGUUAUGCUUGCUCGAUUCACUCUGCGCGCGGUGCCUCUUCCUCGCCUUCUGCCGGCCGCUGGCCGGAUUCCGGCUAUUCUAGUUCCAAGGGAUCAGGACGGUAG